AUGGAUGAGACCACUCCGCUGCUGCCAGAUGCAGCCACUGCACCCAUUCCAAGAGACGACCAACUGCACAGAGUGCCGAGCAAGGACUUUGUUGAUUUCGAUCCCAAUGGCGACGAUGAAAACCCCUUGGACUGGCCACAGACUUACAAAUGGGUGAUCGUGGCUUUGCUAUCGAUGAUGGCAUUCACAGUAACCUUCACAUGUAUCUCAGUGGUGCCGAUAGCCAACACCAUCGUGGAUGACCUUGAUCGUGGACACGCCUCCAGCUCUUCAAGCGUGCUACUUGUGACCAUCUGGGAACUCGGCGAAGCUGCUGGUCCUUUACUCAUCGCACCCCUCUCUGAACUAUACGGACGUUACCCAGUCAUCAACAUCGCCAACUCGCUCUUCACGGCAUUUACAGUGCUCUCCGCUGUGAGCCCAACCACGGGGGUUCUUAUCCUCGCGCGCGCUCUGACCGGUGUCGCAGUCGCCACCAACGUGCUCAGCCCGGCUAUCGUCGGCGACAUCUUCGUCUCUGAGAAACGUGGCACAGCCAUGAGUUUAAUCUCGCUCGCCCCGCUGAUAGGAGGAGCCGCUGGCCCAGCUAUCGCGGGCGCCGUAGCGCAGACCUUGGGCUGGAGGAAGGUCCUAUGGAUGAGCGCCGCCCUUGCCGGCGCCUGCGAGGUGGCCUUCUUGCUGUGCUUCCGGGAGACUUACAGGGUGGAGAUCCUGAAGCGCAAGGCUGCCCGGCUCAGGAAGGAGACCGGUAACUCUGCGCUCAGGUCCGAGUUUGACGCCGAGGAGGGCGGGCACAGCUGGCAGCUCAUUGGGGAAUCCGUGCUGCGUCCCUUGAUCGUUCUCAAGAGCAGCUUUGCGCUGCAGAUUCUGGCACUGUUCGCAUCGUUCACUUUCACAUACUUUUACAUUAUGUCGACAAGUCUGCCACCGAUAUUGCAACAGUACUAUGACUUUACGCCAGCGGCCACAGGCUUUGCGUUCCUCGCCUUCAGCGUCGGAUCGACGGUAUCUGUCAUGAUGUGCAACGUGUUUCUCGACAAAGUCUACGUCAAAUUGCGCAACAUGCAUCAAGGAGUGGGUCAGCCAGAGUACCGCUUGCCAUUCAUCAUUCUAGGAAGUCUGCUCUUCCCUUUCCCUGUCCUGGUCUACGGAUGGGCGACUCAGUGGCACCUGCACGUGGCUGUCCUGCUCUCCGCCGUGGUGAUGCUGGGGGCUUUCCUGAUGCUGUGUUUCCUACCAGUGAUGGCAUACGCCGUUGACGCGUUUGGGAUCUACUCGGCCUCUGCGGUGAGUGCUGUCAUUGUGACACGCUGCCUUAUGGGGACAUUCGUGCCGCUGGCUACGGAGCCUCUUGUGUCGAAGUUCGGGUACGGCUGGGGCUUCACGGUGUUCGCAGCAAUAAGUGUCGCCACCAUUCCGAUUCCUAUAUCUAUAUUCAGAUACGGAUACAGAUGGCGGCAACUUUCCAAGUAUACGAGGGACUGA